AUGUCAAACCAAAAAAUUAUAGAUUUUGAAAAUUGUGUUUCAAGCACUUUAUUUAUGUCUCAAACUCCAAGACGUAAAUAUAAUUAUGCAAAUUCAAAUAUUCAUAAUGGUCCAUCCAUUGAUAACUCAUUUUGGAAUUCUAUUCAAUUGGCAAUGAAACUGUAUACUGAUUUGAUUUUAACUUCUGAUUUAAAUUCCGAUAGAGUGUCAAAAUUAGUUCAUUUAUUACAUAAUGGUCUACGUACAAAUAGAAAUCAACUAACUAAAAUGAAUAAAAAACCUGAUUAUGAUUCAAAAUCUUUCCAUAAAGAAAUUACAAACUAUCUUUGUAAAUCCUUAAGAGUUAUUGCAAAUGAUGUUUUAUUAGAUAAAAUUAACUUGAAUGAAUACGGUGCAAUGCAUUUAAUUACAGCCUUUAAAGAAUUAUUACUAUUCGAUGAAUGUAUUUCAAUUUGGCAAAAUUCAAUUAAUUCAAAAAAUAACUACACCUCAAACAUCUUUUUAAAUCCAAGAGUGGUAGGUGUAAUUUUACCUAUAUUGUAUGAUCAUGGUAUUCCUUAUGAUCAAAUCCAACUAUUAUAUGAAAAAUCUUCCUCCAUGAUCAAUUACUUCCAUCCAAAUUUAUCAGUAGGAAUGAUUAGAGCUUCUCUAUCUUCCGGUAAUAUACCAAUGGCUCUAAGUCUAUUCGAAAAAUUAUCACAAGAAUCAACUGAAAUGAAAUUCGGUUAUUUAAUAGAAACUCAUUUAUCAUUCAUUGGUGAAUGUAAAGAUUUGGAGGUUGCACAACUAUUCUUCGAUAAGGCUUUAAAUAAUGAAAUGCCAUAUAAGAUAGAUUUACAAGUAUCAUAUGUUAAAUCUUUUUUGAAUAAUAUUUGGUCACAGAAAAAGGACUUUAAUCACGUUUAUCAAAUUUGGUAUAUUUCGUCUUUACAUUAUGGUAAAAAUGUGAACCAUGGUAUCUCAUCUUCAUUAAACGAUACUUUCUUCAAUAUUUUCUUCGAACAUUUUAAAUCGAAUAAAUUAGAUGGGUUCAAUCAUUUGAAAUCGAUUAUUAUCACUUAUAAUAACAUAAAACCAAUUGAUGAACCUUUCUUUAACAUUAUUUUAACUAAAUGUUCAAUUUGGCAUGAUUCAAAUAUAAUUGAAUUUAUCGAUAAUUCUUAUGAUUAUUAUAAAAUUGAAAAAACUAUUGUCUCCUAUAGAAUCUUAUUGAAAUCAAUGGGUUCUAUAGACAAUGUAGAAAAUAAUAUUAUCCUAUCUAGAUGGUUGGAUCUAGUUAUCAAAUCUGACCAUAUCGGUCAACGUUUCAUAGCAAAUGCAGACUGGGCUGCCCUGAGAGAUGCUACUAUCACUUGGGCCCAAGAUUUAUCAAACAAAUCAAAUUUAACAGUCCCAUCUUCGGAUCAAUCUCUACUGGUAUCCGUAUCUUCUAAUGACACAGCAGUACCAACGCCAAUAGGUUCCCCAAUUAGUAAAACAAAUAGCAAUAAUGAAAUAUUCACUAGAGUACCCUCAACAGAAAAUAUCGAUUUCAAUCAUCCAGCAUUUGCAGCAGCUAACGCAUCAGGUGCAUUUGAUGACGUUAGAAUGAAGAAUAAACCAAUGACGUUAUAUGGCACAACCAAUACGAUGUACCAAAGAAUUAUUUUAUACUUAAAAAUUGUUAAGAAAUAUUCAAAAUUUUGUAGAGAUACAAGACAAUUAACUAGAUUAACUUCAGGCACCGCUUUAAAAUAUUCAUGCUUACAAUCUGUACUAAAUGAAUUCCCAAGUUUAGAUACCUCAGAUAUCCCAAUCCCACAAUUGCAUAGUUUAAAACAGUCAUUUUGA